UGUCAACCGUUUGCCGUUUUUCAUUUUUGGCCACCGAGCACGGAAUAUGAGUGAUACGCGUGAGCAGAUUCUGGAGCAAAUCAAAGUGCAAGGCGAUCUCGUCCGUCAAUUGAAAGCAGCGAAGGAGUCGAAGGAGAAGAUUCGCGACGCGGAGCAGCAGCCCAGUCAAGAUCGGUGUCAGCAUAGGGAUCGGGAGGCGGAGGAGCAGCGCCGAGGAGCAGAGGGCGGUGCCGUCUGAAGCGGUGGCCAGCAUGCCGGAGACGCUGCCCGCCACUGCGACGGUGACGGCGUCGAGCAUCGACUGCACCGUGGCGGUGCUCAAGGUGCCCACGCCCACCCUACAGCUGCCGGAGGUGUGCAAUCUGCAGAGCCUGGGGCUCAUCAUGGAGCCCAACAACAUCAACAUCGAGCUUAAUCCCGCCGCCCUCGUCACGCCCGCCAUGGAACCAGUGGGAUUCAAGAUGAUGACUAUGGACAUUACCAAAACCGAACCCGGUCUCGUCGGGCUUUCCUCCAACCAACAGCAGCAGCAGCAGUCGCAGCAAAGCAACGCCGGCAUGAACAGCGGUGGCCAGAACAACGGGCCCAAUCCCAAUGGCAAUGGGAACGUGGUCAAUGUGGUCAACUCCGGCGGUGCCGGUGGCGGCAACAAUGGCAACGGGAAUGUCCAGAGCAUCGCUGCCGCUGCCAACAAUAAUAACAAUAACAACAACAACGGCAGCCAAUUGUGCGCCGGCUGCGGCAAGCACAUCCAGGAUCGCUACCUCCUCCGCGCCCUGGACAUGCUGUGGCACGAGGACUGCCUCAAGUGCGGCUGCUGCGACUGCCGCCUGGGCGAGGUGGGCUCCACGCUCUACACCAAGGGCAACCUGAUGCUCUGCAAGCGGGACUACUUGAGAUUGUUUGGCAACACAGGCUACUGCGCCGCCUGCAGCAAGGUGAUUCCAGCCUUCGAGAUGGUGAUGCGUGCAAGGACCAAUGUCUAUCACUUGGAGUGCUUCGCUUGUCAGCAGUGUAACCACAGAUUCUGCGUGGGCGACCGAUUCUACCUGUGCGAGAACAAGAUACUCUGCGAGUACGACUACGAGGAGCGCCUGGUCUUCGCCUCGAUGGCCAAUCAUCCGAUGCUCAAGCGACACGUCUCCUCCUUGGGCCAGGGCUCACCGACGGGAGCGGCCGGAGCGCAAAAUACCGCUGGUGGAUUGCUGGGCGGCGGACCCGGUGGCGGCAAUGUGAAUGGCGUGGGCAUGGUCAACGGACCGCGCACCCCCGGCGAUCACAAUAACAACAACAAUGGCCCACAGACACCAACCGGCGGUGGCUCGCCGUUUGCCGCUGCUGCUGCUGCCGCCGCCGCCGCUGCCCAUAUGAAGAAUCAACUGGGUGCGUCCAGCUAAAAUAAAGCCCUGGGCAUGGGCGCCGCUGGGGCUGUUGUGCCGGGAUCUGGAGUCGGCGCUGGAGUUGGAGUUGGAGCGGCGAGUCAGCAAUUCUACUCGGGCUUCGGGCUGCAGCAUCAGCACCAGCAUCAGCAGCAUCACCAACAGCAGCAGCAACAGCAACAGCUCAUGGGAUUGGGCCUAGGAAUGGGCGGCGGUGGAGGAGUUGGAGGAGUAGGAGGAGGAGGAGGAGCAGGAUCCGCCGGUGGACCAGGCGGAGGGGCAGGAGGCGGAGGCGUUGGCAGCAUCGGAAGCGGCUGCAAGCGCUACCAAAGAAAGUUUUACAACCGCAACUGAGGAAAUCGACGGGGGAGAAAACGCUAGCGGAAGGAUGCAGAAAUCCAGAAUCGAUAUUCAAAUCUUCGUUUGCUUUGACUGAGUUCAAGUUUUAUAGUUUUAAAGGCCUAGUUUAGUUAGCCUACAGAAAAGUAAUUGCUGAAUUUGCAGACAUUUUAGAUCCUAACAUUUAAGAGACAAUAUGUUUACUUAGUUGUAUUCGAGAAUAGCCCCCCAUUCGUUUUUAAACUAAUUUUAAUUUCGUUUCCACUACAUACUGUACAUAUUUUCCUUGUAAACUGUUGACGUAUUAGCGGGAUCCAUUUUUUUUUUUACAUACUCCACCAUAUAGAUAUAUUCGUAUUUAUCUAUGUAUAUGCAUAAAUAAUUUUAUUUUCACGCUCGAAGCGUGCGGUGCCAAAAGAAAUUCAAAGCAGUGCCAAAAAGUUAAAAAAAUAAACGAAGGACUAAACUGA